CGUCCACCGCUCACUUAUCGCCAGGAAAAAAUGUCGGUUCCGGCACUUCAGAAGGCCAUAGAAUUGGUGACAAAAGCCACCGAGGAGGAUACAGCCGGCAGAUACGACCAAGCGCUGAGAUUAUACGAUCAGGCCAUUGAAUACUUCCUUCAUGCGAUAAAAUACGAGUCACAAGGCGAUAAACAGCGUAAUGCGAUUCGUGACAAAGUCGGGCAGUAUUUGAAUCGCGCCGAGCAGAUCAAAACCCAUCUGAAAGACGGAAAAACGCAGAAAAAGCCGGUGAAAGACGGGAAAGACGAUUCCGACGAGGAUGAGGACAAGAAAAAGUUUCAGGACAAACUGUCGGGCGCAAUUGUGAUGGAGAAGCCGAAUGUCAAGUGGACCGAUAUUGCAGGACUUGAGGGAGCGAAAGAGGCGCUCAAGGAGGCCGUCAUUCUUCCAAUCAAAUUUCCACAGCUUUUCACUGGAAACCGCAAGCCGUGGCAAGGAAUUUUGCUCUUCGGACCACCGGGAACCGGUAAAUCGUACAUUGCAAAAGCCGUCGCCACCGAGGCCGGCGAAUCGACGUUCUUCUCGAUUUCCUCGUCCGAUUUGAUGUCGAAAUGGCUCGGCGAGUCGGAGAAGCUUGUCAAGAAUCUGUUUGCGUUGGCCCGCGAGCACAAGCCAUCGAUUAUUUUUAUUGAUGAGAUCGAUUCGCUCUGCUCGGCCCGUUCGGAUAACGAAAGUGAAAGUGCACGACGCAUCAAGACCGAAUUCAUGGUUCAAAUGCAGGGUGUCGGCCUGAACAAUGACGGAAUUCUCGUCCUAGGCGCCACGAAUAUCCCAUGGAUUUUGGAUUCGGCUAUUCGAAGACGUUUCGAGAAGCGAAUCUACAUUCCACUGCCCGACAUUCACGCUCGCAAAGAAAUGUUCCGAAUCGACGUUGGCAAGAACUACAACACGCUGACAGAUCAGGAUUUCAAGGUGCUCGCCGAGCGAUGUGAAGGAUAUUCGGGUUAUGAUAUCAGUAUUCUUGUCAAGGAUGCACUCAUGCAACCCGUACGACGAGUACAAUCGGCCACACAUUUCAAACACGUCAGCGGUCCAUCACCAAAGGAUCCAAAUGUGAUUGCACAUGAUCUACUGACACCGUGCAGUCCAGGAGAUCCACACGCGAUUGCAAUGAAUUGGUUGGAUGUUCCAGGGGAUAAGCUGGCGAAUCCACCACUUUCCAUGCAAGACAUUUCGCGUUCGCUGGCAUCCGUAAAACCGACAGUCAACAACACUGAUCUCGACCGUUUGGAGGCGUUCAAAAACGAUUUCGGACAGGAUGGACAGGAAUAAGAGAGAGAAUCGCCGCGAAAAAUUUUCAUUUAAAUAUUUUUUUUUUGCGCUGAGCUGGUUGUAAAUAACUGUCUUAUAUUACAUUUCUGUGUGUGUGUUUUCGACUUUUUUCCCCGAUUUUUUGUGAAUCUCCCCCACCCAAACACACAUACACUAUUUUUCCCGAUUUUCUAGUGAAAAAUCAAGAUUUUGGGUCGUUUUGUGAAUUUUUCAGAGACAAAAUUUGAAUUUUUAACAUUUUUCAUCGAAAAAUUGCAUUCUAAAAGACCCAAAUCUCGACUUUUUUUCUCUCCCCACUGCUUCCCAAAAUUCACGUUGUGUCAGAGUGUCCCAUUUCGGUUUGAUCUACACAUUUUUUGGGCGAAAAAUUCCCGCAUUUUUUGUAGAUCAAACUGAAAUGGGACAGCCUAGCAACUCGUGAAAAAUCGUUUUUUUUUUUCUCACUUUUUGAUGAAAAUUGAGAUCCCC